AUGUAAACUUUUUGUCAAUCAUAAAUUCAGUCUUAAAUCAGAAGUAGUUGUUUAACUGCUCGGAGAUAAAAUUAUAAGUCAUUGUCUUUAUCUUAAUAUACAAGUGAAGAUGAAAUUUCAAGAUAAAUUAGAUUUGAUCCAUUGAUUCAGCAAUUAGAUUUUAUGUUAAAAAAGAGUACCCCAAAAAAUAAAAAUAUAUAAACUUUGGAAUCUAAGUUUUAUAAUCCAUUUGAGUUUAAAAUAAAGACCUAUUAGAUGAUUAAUGCGAGGAUUAUUCCAAAAAAUGAAAAAGGAAAACGAAAGCCAGUUACAUCAUAUCGUAGGCAAUAAACAUAUAAAGCAAGAGAAAAAAGUUUAUAAACGUAGUGGCAAAGAGUUUCUUAAGAAUUUAGUGACACAUAUAUGUGA